AUGAUGGCCAGCAGCGAAGAGAGCGCCACUCAACGGCUCGACGAUGACACGCGCGUGGACGUAUACGCCUUGUUUGUCCUGGACGCAGCUGUUCCUCAUUCGAUGAUCGAAGAGGUGCUCGCAAAGAAUGAGGAUGAUGAAGACUACUAUCUCUGGUUGGCCGACAGCUACGACAAACUGCCCGACAUCGACGACGACACGCGUACUACCGCCACCGAGCCGCCCCUUGAUCCUGCGUGGCGAUCACCUUUCAUCGGCAAGAGCAUGGAAGAUGCUGCAGCAUUUGUCGAGAAUGCUCCCAAACCGCUGUGCAGGCUCUUUUUCGCGGUCCUGGAGAAGGAUCGUUACGAAAAGGAUGACAAGAUCACCAUCUGCAAGAUCGUGAAUGGAGAGGUGCAGGCAAUUCCGUGUACCACCGAAGACGUGGCAAACUAUCUACUCGGCCAUGAUCGCGACACAUGGGAUGAGAGCUUCAGACGAUGGCGCGAGGAAUGUAAAAGCCGGCUCAGCCGCAGCAGUGGUCAAAGUGCUCAAGAGAGUGGGUCCCUACCCGACUAUGGCUGCUUGUGA